CCAUUUCGGCAGGAUGAGCGUUACCAGCCGUUGCCAACAACUUCAAACAGUCCUUUCGGAGCCUGUCAGCGGUGUGUCGCCUGGCCGUGCUUCUUCUUCCUCUGGCCUGAGACUGGAAACAUGCUGUCUUUCGCUCUGAGACAAUUUACACGGCCACUGUGCCAGCGAGCCCCGGUUCUUCUCAGUGUACGUGGCCAGCAGUCCCAUGCCGCCACCUAUACAGUGGAUGAGGAUCGUCCAUGGACGGGCCAGGACAGCCUGGCUCAGGACGACCCCGAGAUGUGGGAUCUGCUGGUAAAGGAGAAGGACAGGCAGUGCCGUGGCUUGGAGCUCAUUGCAUCUGAGAAUUUCUGCAGUCGAGCAGCUCUGGAAGCUCAGGGCUCCUGUCUGAACAACAAAUACUCUGAAGGCUACCCAGGGAGAAGAUACUAUGGUGGAGCAGAAGUGGUCGACCAAAUUGAGCUGCUGUGUCAGAAACGAGCCUUGGAGUCCUUUGACCUGGACCCAGCUCUGUGGGGUGUCAACGUCCAGCCGUACUCUGGCUCCCCUGCUAACUUUGCUGUCUACACCGCUGUGCUCAAACCCCAUGACCGCAUCAUGGGCCUGGACCUGCCCGACGGAGGACAUCUCACCCAUGGCUACAUGUCCGACGUGAAGAGGAUCUCAGCAACUUCAAUCUAUUUUGAGUCCAUGCCUUACAAGCUAAAUAUUGCAACAGGACUCAUUGACUACGACCAGAUGGAGCUGACGGCCAAGCUGUUCCGGCCCAAGCUCAUCAUCGCUGGCACCAGCGCCUAUGCCCGCCUCAUUGACUACGCCCGCAUCAAGAAGCUGUGUACCGAUAUUAAGGCCUACAUGCUAGCUGACAUGGCCCAUAUCAGCGGCCUGGUGGCGGCCAAAGCCAUCCCCUCUCCCUUUGAACACGCUGACCUCGUCACGUCUACCACACACAAAUCCCUCCGAGGAACCAGGGCUGGCAUCAUCUUCUAUCGUAAGGGUGUUCGCUCAGUGGACAAGAAGGGGAAGGAAAUCAUGUACGACCUUGAAGACAAGGUCAACUUCUCUGUGUUCCCCUCCCUGCAGGGCGGACCUCAUAACCAUGCCAUCGCCGGUGUGGCUGUGGCACUCAGACAGACACAGUCUCCCAUGUUCAAGGAGUACAUCAGCCAGGUACUAAGGAACGCCAAGUCUAUGGCUACAGCUCUACUCAGCAAAGGCUACACUCUGGUAUCAGACGGGACCGAAAACCACCUGGUCCUGGUUGACCUGCGGCCUAAGGGCAUUGACGGAGCUCGGGCCGAGAGGGUGCUGGAGCUCGCAUCAAUCACUGCUAAUAAGAACACCUGCCCCGGGGACAAGAGCGCCUUGACUCCUGGUGGCCUCAGGCUAGGUGCUCCAGCCCUGACAUCCAGACAGUUCAAAGAAUCUGACUUUGUGCAAGUUGUUGAGUUCAUGGAUGAGGGCUUCAAGAUUGCCUUGGACGUCAAGAAAAAGACAGGAAAGCUCCAGGACUUCAAGAACUUUCUUCUUCAGGACCCAGAGACCGUUGCUCGCAUCGCCAACCUGCGCCAACGCGUUGAAGCUUUUGCAAGGCCCUUUCCCAUGCCAGGCUUCCACGAUCAUUAAACCAACCAAUGUAGAGUCUGUGAGGCCGUAAAGCCAGGCGGCAGAAUGCUGCCUGGAUACAAGGAGAGGGGGAAAUGUCAACCUAGUGAAAUGUGGUUGGUGCCUGUAAACCAGGAUGACUCACAUCUUGGAAACCACAGUUUCUUUAUACUUCUUUCUUGCAGUAAUACAUCAAUCCGUUCUUGUAAAAACUUGGCCUCUACGUUGAGGUAAAGAAACAAUAAAAGUUAACCGAUUUUGUAGAGCCGAAGAACCUAUUUUCUAUUGCAUUUGUAAAGAUCUUUGUCAGUUGACGCUAUUUCUUUAAUGUGGGAGAAAGAAAAUCAAAUCAAACAACUCUUUGUGUCACAUACUCUGUGGCUUGAUUAGUGUAUAAUUAGUUAUUAUAAUAAGCUACACUGAGAGGUAUUAAUGCUGUAAGAGUCUUAACAAAUGUCUAAUGUAGAUUAUUAUAUCGACAUUGAGAUCUGUGCAUGAUAGCUUUCUUUUCCGUCUAAGAAACCAGGUACACAAAGAGGCUUUAUCAUGUGAAGCGGUGUUCUACAUAUAAUGUUGUGUUGGCCUUUACUUUUAUGUGGAGCAAAUUUUGUUGAAGAUCAGAAAUUAACCCAAAAUGUUGUCAAAAUAUAAUUUAUGGAAGUUAGUGCAAGUCAGAUUAUAUAGGAGGUGCACUAAAUAAUUUGAACAUCUUAUAAUAUACUAUGGUAAUACUAAAAAAAGAAUGUUUACACUGUGAGAUGUUUCUUAAAGCAAGAAGCAAAAAUCAUAAGCUUCAAAUAUUAUAUUGCAUUACAAAACAAAAUGUCCACCUCUAUCUGAGGCUGUUUAUUUUUGUCAUAGCUGUAAUGAUUGCAUAGUCUUUUUUCUUUCAGCAUAUUGGUCAGAUUUUAAUUGCUAUAUAUUUUGUUAUGAUGGAUAAAUAACCAAAUGGAAAAAUAACAAAAAUGUCAUCCUGGAUUAUUUUAUACUUUAAUUGUAGUGUGUUUACAAAGAGUAUAUACUUUUCUAUGUAUUAUUUAAAAAAUAAUUAGCCAUGUAACAGCCAUCACACAUAUCUUAAGGUUUCCAACACCAGCUGAUUUGUUGUACUAGAAGAAAGACUAUUUAUAGUGCAGUCUGCCUGAUUUCAAUGAUGUUCAAUGAUGUAAACUGAAGCAUCUUAAAUCGUAAAAAAAUAUGUCUAUCUGCCUCACAGAUUAGAGAUGUUGUCAUUAUCACUGCAUCAGUGAGGAAGCAAGAUUUGUUUGUGAAAUGAUCGUACAGCACAAUCGAGAAAAGGGUGUUAGAAAUGUUGUGGUUACUUUCUUACUUUGCACAAAACACAGCUUCCAAAGUGAACCAAAUCAUAUGAAUUAUCCACAUCACAAGUUUUUGACAGCCAAAAGACUUAUUCCAAUAAUUUUACUACAAUGUUCAUAUCCUACUGUUUGUCUGUUCUCAUCUCUGAUAUGUUACCAGCCUUUGUACAUCAACAAAAGUUUGAACUAGCUUUCUUUUACAGAAUUUUUUUUUACAUUUAAUUAGUAUUAGCUAAGCCCUAAUAAAACUGAAUAAUGCAAACACA